GUGAGACGGGACUACUUGAUUACAAUUCAGACUAGCGAAUCCUGUAAAUUCCGAAGUAUUGUAUUCUUUUUAUUCUAAUUUUUGUGGCUAAUAAAAAAGCUUUGUCCCUAAGUAGGACAAUGGCUCAUAAUCGACAGUUUUACUGAAAUGAAAGCAACAUGAAGGGACUGUUGGAUGUUGGAUUAUUCCUAGCUGUGUAGUGGUGGUUCCAACCUCACAUGGACCAGUGUCAUGUCAAUGGCAAUGGCAGACUUCUCACACAUACCAGAGGACUUUGAGUCCCCAACAGAGGUAAACUCCAACGGAGGAUCACCCAAGGCUCACACGGUUGCCAAUGGAGACUCUGUACAGAGCAACAUCACACCUGCCUCAACGGACAGAUACGGUUUUCUCGGAGGGAACCAGUACACAGAUCCAGAGGCGGAGAGACGCGUACCCCAGGAGACCGUAAGAAAGAGGGAGACAAAAUGGCUGGACAUGUUCAUCAACUGGGAUAAGUGGAUGUCAAAGAAGUUCAAAAAGGUGAAGGACAGGUGCAGAAAAGGCAUUCCUCCGUCUCUGAGGGCACGUGCGUGGCAGCACUUGUGUGGCAGCCAUUUCACCCUGGAGCAGCACAGGGGAGUCUUUGAAGAAUAUUUGAAAAUGCCAGGAGAUCCUAAAUGUAUAGACGACAUCCAUAAAGACUUGGAUCGACAGUUUCCCUUACACGAAAUGUUCCUUUCCAAAGGAGGUGUUGGACAAGAAGCUCUGUUUGAAGUGCUGAAGGCGUACACGAUCCACCGGCCCGUGGAGGGCUACUGCCAAGCCCAGGCUCCCAUCGCCUCGCUCCUCUUGAUGCACAUGCCUGCUGAGCAAGCCUUCUGGUGCCUGGUGGCCAUCUGCGACAAGUAUCUCACCGGAUACUACAGUCCCGGUUUGGAAGCUAUCCAGUUGGAUGGGGAUGUUUUGUUUGGAUUACUGAAAAGAACAUCACCUGUUGUAUAUAAACACAUGAAAAAACAACACAUUGAGCCGAUAAUGUUUAUGACAGAGUGGUUCAUGUGUGUGUACACUCGCUCUCUUCCUUGGACCACCGUCCUCAGGAUAUGGGAUCAGUUUUUGUGCGAAGGGGUCAAGGUUAUGUUCCGUGUUGGCCUGGUUUUGGUGAAGGUCACUCUUGAAGGCCAGGAGAACAUGUCUCAGUGCCCCACAUUCUUCGACACGCUGGAGAAACUCCGGCUAAGGAAACUGGCACCAGAACUUCAAGAUGAAGAAUUUCUUAUAAGAGAGACGCUGCGGUUGAACAUCAACGAGCGUGACAUGGAGAAGGAACAUCAAAAGCAGAUUGUGAGACGCAAGCAGGCACGUGAAUCGAAGGAACGAGAAAGUGGGGGAGGAGCAGGGGGCAAGCACGCACGCAAGGCCAAGCAGAAGUGAACGUUCGUCUGACAGAUUGUAUGAGUUGAUGUGACAGAUUUAUCUGAGCAGACGUGAAAUUUCAUGCCCAUGACUUUUUUUUUAUGCGGAAGGGAAAGCUUGUGUGACUAAUGUCCUGAGGUGUGAGAUUUUACGCAAUUGACUGUCUCAGAUCGUACAAAAGCACAUGCCCGGGGCUGAGGAUGGCAUUAUUCUUACUGUUGAGUAGCUAAUGGUGUUGCACUGCUGUGUCCAUGAGUGUGAGUGGGAGUUUUUCUGAGAUUCACUCGUGAAACAUGUUUACUCAAAUUUGCUUGUUUUUUUUCUAUUUUUUUUCCCCAGCAAUAUGCUAGUGAAGACGAACAAAUGAUAAAUAACUGAUUCCGAUUCUGCUUCGAAGAAUAGAAGGAAGGCGGAUCUAUUUGGUUUGCUUUGUUUCUUCAAUUCUUGUGUGGGCAGGAGUUCUGAAACGAUGUUCCCCUCACCAUCUUGUCUUUUAUAACAUAUGCUGUGGUUUGUACAAGCACAAAGAAGACCUCUGUACUCAUUUUCUUGCUCUUAGAGACUAUUUGAAACUAGAAAAUGUAUGCGUUUGCUUUUUCCCAAACCUCUCUUGGACUGUCUGUUAAAAUAAUUAAUCUUCAAGUAUAAUUGAAACAGCGUGCAAAUAGCAAAUGAGACCAAGCUUGUUUUGAAGAAAAAAGAAAAUAAAA